AUGGUUGCUCCUUUUUGUCCAGCUUACUCGUGUCCAUCUCAAGACUUCUACUAUGAGUCCCCGACGUUAUAUCCUCAACCAACUUUUUACCGUCCAUCUGUCUGCCCGUUGCCUGCAAGGCCUCGCUUUAUGCUGCCAACCCCUCCUCAAAGCCCCCCUCAACUUUCAUCGAGACCUCCACUGGCAAUUUCAACGACCUCUUGGCCGACUCAAGGUUUCUCCGCUCAAGUCCCAACACAUCGACGUCUCCCAAUUUUUGUGGAGAUCCACAAAAAAGGGCUAUGGGAAAAGGCUGCAGCCGAGAGAAGAGAACAAGAAGAACAGAGGUUAGAAGUGGCGUCAACGAUCUCAAUAGCGUCCUCAACGAUGGCAAGGUCCGAAUAUGCGGUGCCUUUUCCCUCCGGCUCAUCAACGAUUUCAUCGAGAUCCAGUGGCCCGUCUCAAAGUUCGUCAAGGUCUCAGAGUCCUAAAGAUAUCCCUAAGAACUUCAAGAUGACGCUGUGUCGUCAUUUCUUGAACAAAGGAGUCUGCCCCAAGGGUAAAAAGUGCAAUUUCGCCCAUGGUCAACAUGAGUUGAGGGCUAGAGAGGUGAGUAUAUUUUUGAACAUGGUGUUCUUGAUAUAAUAUCUAUUUAAUACUUUAUAUUUAAAACGACUUUAUUAUUUUUGUUUAUUUUUUAGGAUCAACCAGAGAGAUACAGAACAGAGCCCUGCUGGAACUUUGCCAUCGGAAGGUGCGAACAUGGGGACAAUUGCAUUUUCUUGCACUGA